GAAAGCAGAAGCAGCAUCAUUUGCACAUUCCUUAUAGACACACACACCUUGGCCCUCACUUUUGACUUCAGUGUUUCAAAAGUGAAGACAAGAUGAAGACCCACUUGGUUUUCUGGGGAGUCCUGGCCGUUUUUGUUAAGGCUCUUCUUGUAACAGGUGAUGAUGGAAAGACCGUUCUUGCUGACAACAAAUGCAUGUGUACCCGAGUUACUUCCAGGGUCAUCCGAUCCGCCGAGGAUCCCAGUGAAGACAUUGUGGAGAGAAAUAUCCGAAUUGUUGUCCCUCUGAACAACAGGGAGAAUAUUUCGGAUCCUAAUUCUCCAGUGAGAACGAAAUUUGUGUACCAUUUGUCAGACCUCUGUAAGAAAUGCGAUCCUGUGGAGGUGGAGCUGGGUGAUCACAUUGUUACUGCCACCCAGAGCAAUAUCUGCAACGAAGACAGUGCUGUUCCAGAGACAUGCUACACGUAUGACAGAAACAAGUGCUACACAACCAUGGUCCCACUUAGGUAUCAUGGUGAGACCAAAAUGGUGAAAACAGCCUUGACCCCCGAUUCUUGCUACCCUGACUAGUUUGAGUCACUGCUCACUACGCAGCUCUUUGUCUUUGGAAGCUCUUCAUUUAGACCCAGAAACUAUACUCCCUGCUAAAGAAUUAAACCAGGAUUUAUUUUGGAUGGUAUAAAACGAACAUUCCCUUUCAAUAGUUAGAAUAUCAUCACUACUGCCAUUAUUAUAUAAUUCUUUCUCAAUUCUAAGUAUUAAAUCCUCAUGCCCACCCAAACAUGCAAAUUUAAGAGUUCAUUUUCUAGUGUUUAAAAUCAUAAGCAAGGGGAGAAAAAGUAAAAUUCCAAGAGUAAGUAAAUUAAAUCCUUUUUCUUUCUUAUGUCGCUGUGGAGAGCUGAGCUUUUGCACAUUUUGUACUCUUCUUUAAUAUCUCACUGUGUAGAGAAAACAUACCACUAAACACAGGGCAGUUGUAUAUCGUCACUAGAAGUUACAAAGGACACAUUUCGGGAUUAUUUACUAACAUUUAUGAAACAAGUUUGCUGAAAGUGAUAUGAUUUGAUGCACAGGUGAAAAAUGUUUUUUGAUAGGACACAAAAGACUUGGCAUUAGAUUUUUUGGAUAACUUUUUUGACAGAUUAUUGUAUGAAAUUCUUAGGGGAAUCUUGUGUGUUGCAGCUUAAUUGAAUGCAAUUUGUCAUCCAAAAUAUGUAUUCUCUAGCACAGUGUGAACAAUUAAAUAGAUUCAUAAGCAUA